UAUAUACUGGAGUUUUGAACGUUUUGCUAAUUUUCCUAUUGGCAUAUGUACAGAAUCAUAAAAAUAUAUGCAACUAAAUCUCAAUGGUAAAAAUUUGUGAACGUUUUUUACUAAAAAACGUUCACAAAAUUUAGCCACAGGAAAAUUUUUACCACUCAUCCUCAGUACCUAUCACUAUAUGUGUACAUAACUCGGUGAUAAAUUGUUCACGCCUUAUUUUCAGUGUAUAUGCAAUUAAAUAAUUUUUACACCUUCUUAAAUAAAUCCAUAGUUUAUCAAAAAUGUGUACUAUGAAACUCAUUUUACUCGUAUUCUCUCUACAAUUGUGCUCAUCAGACUUGUUAGCAAAAUAUAAAACUAUAAAAUUCUUGGAAAAAAUCACUGAUAAAGUAAAAGAUCCAUCGGAAUUUCUUGCCAACUUGCAAGCCACGCUUUUGAAUCCGACUCACCUUGAAAAAGUGUUUACAAUGUUUGAAGCCAGCGAUUUUUCUGAAAAGAAAGUCUGGAAUCGUGAAGAGGAAAAGGAACGGUUCAUAUCUGUUAUGACAAGCGAGGACGAUGACGAGCUCGAAGAGAAACUUAUGUACGCGGAGAUUUCUAUGAAAAAACUGAAAAUUUCGAAUCUGGAUGAGUUGGACGAAAUUUUUACAAUGAGCGAAUCACUCGAGUUUGUGUUAGAUUACUACAAAAAUAUGGAACAAGCGGUUAAUAAGAGCUCAACACUACUUCAAGGUUUGGCCUCGACUGAAAAGAAAUUACACGUUUGCUCAAGAAAAAAGAAAGGUCUGUUCUGAUUUCGGAACAAAUUUAUCACAAUGCGAAGAAAAAUUUGAAACGAUAUCAAGAUGGAGAAAUUGAUAUUCGGACGUUUCUUCUAAACGAGAAAGCUGCAGAAAAUCAAAAUUUGGAGGAUCGAGCGAAACUGCAACAACAAGCAAUUGAGGAUUUCGUACUUCACAGCGAACUUAAUCCGGAACUGAUGGCGACACUGGACAUGAUAGAUUCCAUGGAAAAAGAGCUUAACAACAUUGCUCAAAUGUCCCCAGUUUGGGUGAAGCAUGCGUUCAACGUCAACAUCAAACUUGGGCUUCCUGCAAUUAGGCAAAUUCCAGAUGAACUUCCUGUACAAUUGGACGUCUUAAACAAACUGAUAGCAUUCUAUAUCAAAAUUGAAGGAUUGAACAAUCUUGUUCUGCUCGAAAAGGAUCUGAGCAAGAAGGACCAGUUGGAGGAAGAUGUACAAAAGGAGGAAGAGCUUUUAGAAGAUUUUCUUAACCAGAACGCCACAACUGAACAAAUUCUUAACAUUGUCCCUGCAACAGGCAUUCUUUUGGCCAAGGCGACUAACAAUGUGAUGGCUGUUGCGGAAAUUCGGGAUGGUUCUUUCAUAGAAACGGUGAACAAGUACAAAGAGCUGACAAAUGAGCAUAAAAGGUCGACUCAUGACUAUGCCGAUCAUGUGCAGAAAGUGACAGAGAUUGUUAACAAUAUUCUCUUGAAACAAGUUGGAAAGAAGGCUGAACUUUAAAACAUUGGGUGCCAUUUACAGAUUUACUUACAUGGUGUAAGGAUAAAUUAUAACGUAUGUACAUACAUAUUUAUGUAAAUACGUGCAUGAAUCUAUGUUUAUGCACAAAAUACUUCUGUGUAUAUAUGUACUAAAAUAUAUACGGUAAAUAAUAAAAACUUCAGUCAUCCGUAAA